GGCAGGGUGCUGGGCAGCGCAGAGACCUGCGGUCGGUCGGCAUGGCGCAACAGGCGAGGGGAGCCGUGGCCGUCAUCCGGCUUUGCAACCCGCCGGUCAACGCGCUGAGCUUGGCAGUUCUCCAGGCAUUAGAGGAUGGACUGAAGAGAGCAGAGGCAGAUCCCUCAGUGAAAGCUGUUAUGAUUUGUGGUGACAAUGGCUACUUCAGUGCAGGAGCUGACAUUAAAGGAUUUUCAUCUUCCAAGGGCCAGGGCCUCGGCUUGGGCCCCAUCGUGUCCCUCAUAGAGAGCAGCAGGAAGCCUGUGGUGGCUGCCAUUGAGGGCUAUGCCCUGGGAGGAGGCCUGGAGGUGGCACUUGGCUGCCACUAUCGGAUUGCACACAGGAAGGCACGGAUGGGGCUGCCAGAGGUCACCAUUGGGUUACUGCCAGGUGCUGAAGGCACUCAGCGCCUGCCCAGGCUGAUCGGGGUCCCAGCUGCCCUGGACAUGAUCACAACAGGGAAACACAUUCCAGCAGCUGAAGCUCUGAAGCUGGGCUUGGUUGAUGAAGUUGUGGAAGAAAGCACAACUGAGGCAGCAAUUCACUUGGCAAACAAAGUGAUUGGACAGCCGCUGGGACCCCGCAGGCUCAGCCUGAAGCCGGUUCCAGAGCUGCCCGGCAUGGAAGCGUUCCUCAGCGAGGCUCUGGUGAAGGUGAAGAAGCAGGCCCGCGGGUGCCUGGCGCCGGAGCUGUGCUUCCAGGCGGUCAGAGCCAGCACCCAGCAGCCCUUCGCAGCCGGCGUGCGGCGGGAGCGGGAGCUGUUCGGGGUGCUGCGGAGCUCGGGCCAGGCCCAGGCGCUGCAGUAUCUCUUCUUUGCGGAGAGAGCCAUGCACAGGUGGACAACAGCCACGGGAGCUUCCUGGCAGCGUGCUGCCCCCCAGCCCAUCCGCACCGCCGCUGUCAUAGGGCUGGGGACCAUGGGCCGAGGCAUUGUCACAUCUCUGGUUAAGGCCAAGAUCCCUGUGGUGGCCCUGGAGCAGGACCAGGAGUAUCUGAGCACAGGAAAGAAAGCUGUGAUGGCCCUUUUGGAACGUGAGGCUAUGAAAACAGAGCAGGGUGCCCAGAGCCUGGACUUCCACAGCCCUUCACGUCUGCAGUUCAGUCUGGACUUUGCUGUGCUGGGUGAUGUGGACCUGGUCAUCGAGGCUGUGUUCGAGGACAUGCAGCUGAAGAAGGAAAUAUUCCGCAAGCUGUCCCAGGUCUGCAAGCCUGGGGCCCUGCUCUGCACCAACACCUCAGCCCUGAACGUCGACGAGAUAGCCUCUGCCACCAGCCGCCCGCAGCAGGUCGUUGGCACCCACUUCUUCUCCCCUGCCCACGUCAUGAGGCUGAUGGAGAUCAUCUACGGGCGGCACACGUCCCCCGGCGCCAUCGCCACCGCCGUGCAGCUGGCCAAGGUGCUGCGCAAGGUGGGGGUGGUGGUGGGGAACUGCUUCGGUUUCGUGGGGAACAGGAUGAUGUUCCCCUACGUGCAGCAGGCGCUCUUCCUGGUGGAGGAGGGCAGCGUGCCAGAGGCAGUGGAUCAGGCUCUGGAAGAUUUCGGGUUUAAGAUAGGACCCUUCCGGAUGUCCGACCUGGCUGGGCUGGACGUGGGCUGGAGGUCUCGGAAGGGGCAGGGCCUGACCGGGCCCUCGCUGCCCCCGGGGACCCCCGCCCGGCAGCGCCACGGGCACCGCUACAGCCCCCUGCCAGACCUGCUGUGCGAGCGCGGCCGCUUCGGCCAGAAGGCUGGCAGGGGCUGGUACCUGUACGAGAGGGCCGGGGGCAGGACGGCCAGCCCGGACCCCUGGCUGCACAGCUUCCUGAGCCAGUACAGGGACACCCACGGCCUCCAGCCCCGCUCCAUCCAGCAGGAGGAGAUCCUGGAGCGCUGCCUGUUCGCCCUCAUCAACGAGGGCUUUGCCGUGCUGGCCGAGGGCGUCGCGGCCGGCCCGGAGCACCUGGAUGUCGUCUACGCCAACGGCUACGGCUGGCCGCGGCACCGCGGCGGCCCCAUGUUCCACGCCGCCACCGUGGGGCUGCCGCGAGUGCUGGCCAAGCUCCAGAAGUACUCCGAGGCUCACCCUGACGUCCCCGGGCUGCGGCCACACGCCCUGCUGCGGAGGCUGGUGGCCGUGGGCAGCCCUCCCCUCAAGGAGUGGAUGUCCUGCCUCGGCCAGAGCGGCUGCAAGCUGUGAUCCACUGCCGCCUGCUGCGGAGCAGGAGCUGCAAUUGCUUUGCCUUUCAAUCGAACCCUGAGUGCCACAGGCUCUCAAGCGAUGUCACUGACCCCCCCCCCGGCUUGUGCAGACAAUGACUUUGGCCACCGAUUAGUCUCGGUCCCCCACUCCUGCAGCAGCCACUGCCAUCACCCGCCCUUCCUCCUCAGCCCCUGCCUCACCUUCCCUGCAUGCUGCUGUCUGAAGGCCAAUCUCAUCCUGCUCUGCCUUCAGGCCUUCACAGCUGUGCCCCCAGCCUGUCCUUGUGCAAAGCAGGAAGCAGCAUCCACAGCCCACAAAGCAAAUCGUGGUGCUCGUGACUCACCCAGCACCAGCUGGAUCUACCAGAGCCUGCCUUAAAUCUGUUUCCUACUUUGCUCAGGUCUUUCUUGUGUCCCCACAGGUUCCCUGGCUCUCCUAGAGACAGCCAGCUGGAGCCUGCUUCCUUCCUGCUGCUGGGGCAGAGGUGGCACAAGGGGUACCGCUGCUCUCAGAGGUGAAGUGCAAUGAGCUGAAGAGAGCUGGUCGGGGCAGAGAGCAGGGGCAGAGCUGUCCCCUCCCUGCUUCAGGGAUUCCAGUAAAUGACAGGAAAGCCACAAACACAUCCACCUGCCUGCCCUGGCUCACUGCAGCCAGCCUCCAUCCUCGCUCCUCAAUAUCCCACCUGGCUCUGUGCAACCAGAAAUAUCUUCUAACUGGAUAGGUGUUGCCAUCACUGCCACUCUCUGGCUGCCUACUGCCAGCAGGAGUUGUCAGCAUGCUCCAGCUGAGCAGCCUGAGCCACAGCCUGGCCCUUGCCGGCUGUUCACACAGGCAGAGGCAGGCUGGGAAGAGCAGGGCUCAAGAGCAGGAGUGCUGCUGCAGGCAGGCAGGGGGUGGCAGAUCUCUAGCACAGAUCAGAGCAGGGGAAGACCGAGCCAAACUUGUUCCAGGCUUAUGUCUUGGGUCAAAGUCUCCCAUGUCUCCUGUCCAGUGGCUGUCUCUGCCUGGCUGGUGUGGGGAUUCCCUUCUCAGGGACACUGGAUGCCUAACUUCUGAUUUUAUAUGAACAACCCUGCUUUGCUUGUCCAGUGCCAGAUCCUGUGGGAUCGUAGGGACAGCAGAAAGCCUUCAGCUGCUUGGGUUUUCUCCAUGGCUCCUCUGCAUGGUGGAAUUAAAUAAUUGGCUUGCUUGUGCAGGACUUUGUGUGUGACAAGGCUGUGCUUCUCUUCUGCUACAUGUGUCUUGUUUUGCCCUUCACCUACCCCACUCCUUCAGUGGCUGAGG